AUGCCAGAUGACAUCAGCAAUUUAGAUAGCUACUUUCAUCAGUGUUACCGACCGGAUUAUACUCUGGCUGUCUUAAAAUGCAAUUGUCGUAUCAGCAUUUUCGGUGUAUUUGAUAUUCAGGUACUCUUCGGUAAAGUAGUAUCACGCGGCUAUGAAUUUGAAUCUGGUGCUUAUGGGGAAGAGCGGUUUAUCAAAAUUGCAGCACCAUAUUCAGUUAGUCCUCCGGCACAAUUUGUUUCGCUUCAAGAUAAUCUUUUCAAUCUGCAUCGUGUGAAAUGGCGGCUAAAAGAGCUGACAAACACAGUGGAUUCGAUAUUGGAAAAUUUUGAAAAUGGUGAUAGUAUAUUGCUUUUCCGAUUCAAUUUUUCAAAGAUUUCUGCUUGUAUUCGGGAACUUUAUGGUCAGAUCUUUUUCCUGCCACCAGACUGCAGUGAAUGUUAUUCGUUAGGACCGCUAUGUAGCGCACUUCAAAUCAAAUAUCCACCGCUUUAUAUUGGUAAAACUGCUGACAACAUCCUACAGUUAACAGAACAAAUUUUAAAUAAAUCGCGAAAAGAAAAAAGAAGUAUAACAAUGAUUGUAGGGAACAAGAAUACCGGGAAAUCGAUGCUUAUUCGAGUGUUAGCUAAUUCACUUCUUGGAAAGGAUCGACCGCCUCCAUAUAUUCUCGAUUGUGAUGUUGGGCAACCAGAAAUGAAUCCACCAGGAAGUGUUUCACUACUAAAGCUCAACUCACCACUUUUAAGUGCACCGGCAUUCCAGCAGCGAAUCCUUCUGUCAGAUACUUAUUUUUACGGAAAGAUUUCUUUGAACGAUGAUUUCAUUUCAUAUUUGACUAUUCUUCAGAAAUUACUGUGUUAUUUCUUGAGUAAUAGUCUUCCAUCAUCCGCGCUUUUAAUUAAUACUUGUGGAUGGAUUGAAGGGAAAGGUGCUUCGCUUCUAGAUGAGAUGAUGAAAUUAUUUAACCCCGACUUUGUGUUUACUCUCAUUACUUCAUCAGGACCCAAUUACAUGACUCAGCAAUCUGCUGUUAGUGGAAAUGCAAAACCGUUUGUGUUUUAUGGCGAUGCUGUUGAAAAGCCUGCACAUAUGAUCUCCGACUCUUCCGUUUUACGAAAUCUUCGGAUAACAGCAUAUAUGGCACAUUCAUGUCCCGUUCCAACCGUAAAAUCAUUUGCCGAUGCAACUCCUUUCGCUGUAUUGUUUCGCGAUGUGGCAGUGUUGGUGCACGCAAACGGCCUAUUCCCUGCAAAUCAUAUAUUUGCCGUUUUGAAUUGUACUUUUAUCGCGCUUUGUGUUCGUGAAUCUAUGAAUCAAUUGGAAGAGGAUAAGAGACUAUUCGACGAUCGAGAUAUGCCGAUUUUAUUAAAUCCAGAAAAGGUAGAACCAUUGCGCAUCGUUGGUUAUGGAUUUAUCAGGGCGAUUGAUUUGGAACAACGCACUUUCUUUAUUUCAACACCUCUUCAGCUUGCAGACCUCCAAGAAGUUAACGUCUUUGCUCGCGGUUUAAAUAUUGAUCUUCCGCAAUGUUUCCUUAUUUCACAGGGGAGAUCCGCGAUACCAUAUGUUGUUCGAGAGCAUUCUUCUUCCUUCCAUACCGGGUUAUUCAGGAAAUUAAAGAUUAAAUCAGUUUUUAACAGGAAAAGAUUUUCGAGAAUGCAAAAUCAAUCUAGGGUGAAAAAACCGAUGAAAAAACCUGUAUUUUCAAGUUAA